AAAUGGAGGGUCGGGGUGUGGUCUCCGGUAGAUAGAGGGAUCAGGUGGGGGAUUGCUCUUCCGAGGCUCCUACGCUCCCGAGUCUUGCCACUUCACUCGCCAGGAGUCGCGCGGUACCAACCGACACCGCCUCCCGGAGUGACGCAGGCAUCAAGCGCUUCCUCCUCGGAGCAGUGGGGAGGCGUGGCGACUUUGUAAUCGAGCGAGGAAGAGGGAAGUGGCGUCCACGGAGGCCAGAGCUGCGUGGAGUGCCCUUGGGGAGAAGAUCUACUCAUUGGUUUUGUACCAAAUUUGACAAAGCCUCAGUUGGGAAAGGUGGUACCAGGAAGAUGUCACACAUAGGAGAAAAACUGUUCCUAGGGCAAAUUAUGAUGAGACAUAUGAAGGUGAAUGCAUGCUUGUAUCCACACAUGGAGGCUUUGUGGGAGACUAAGGAGUCUGUGAAAGAAAGCACCCGUCAGAGUAAGAAAUCCAACCCACAGAUGGACAGUCUUGGUCCUGAGAGUGCUCGCCAGCACUUUCGAAGCUUCUGUUAUCGUGAAGCACCUGGACCGCUUGAAGCUGUCAGCCAUCUUCAGGAAUUAUGCCAUCAGUGGCUAAGGCCAGAGAUCCACUCAAAAGAACAGAUCUUGGAACUGCUGGUGCUAGAGCAGUUCCUGACCAUUCUUCCCAGGGAUACCCAGAACUGGGUGCAGAGGCAUCAUCCACAGAGCAUCAAAGAGGCUGUGGCCCUGGUGAAAGGCUUUCAGAGGGAACCUUGUGGAAUAAGUAAUGAGGUCACAGUCCAUGACAUGGGAAAAGAGGCAGUGUUCUUGGGAGGAACAGCAGUGGCCCCAGGCUUUAAGUGGAAGCCAGCAGAGCCCCAACCAAUGGGUGUGUUCCAGAAAGAAUGUUGUAAUACAUACCGGGUACUGCAAGAACAGCUUGGCUGGAAUACUCACAAAGAAACCCAACCUGUACAUGAAAAAGCUGUGCCUGUUCAACAGAUUGUAGCCUUUUCUGAGCAGAAAAGCACCCAAAACUGGAAGAUGGCAUCUGAGCUCAUCUUACACGAGUCCCAGAGUUUGUUGACAUUUGAAGAUGUGGCCGUGUCUUUUUCCGAGGAGGAGUGGAAAUUAAUGAACAAUACUCAGAAGAUCCUCUACAAUGAUGUAAUGCAGGAAAACUAUGAGACUGUCAUCUCUCUAGGGUUAAAGCUCAAAAAUGACACUGGAAAUGAGCAGCCUAUAUCUACUUCUACAUUAGAAAUACAAGCAUCAGGAUGCAAAGUAUUGAGAAAGGCCAGAAUGAAAGUUGCCCAGAAAACAACUGGCAAAGAAAAUCAUGGUGGCACACACAAGGUACAGAAACGGCCUCGAGCUUUUAUAGGGAAGAAAAGAAAGAAACUUUCAACUUGUAAACAAGAGCUUCCAAAACGUAUGGAUCUUCACAGGAAAGGCCAUGCAGGAGAGAAACCUUUUAAAUGUCAGGAAUGUGAAAAAGGCUUCAGAGUUAGCUCUGACCUUAUUAAGCACCAGAGAAUUCACACUGAAGAGAAGCCCUAUAAAUGUCACCAAUGUGAUAAGAGGUUUAGAUGGAGUUCAGAUCUUAACAAGCACUUAAUGGCACACCAAGGAAUAAAACCAUAUAGAUGCUCAUGGUGUGGGAAAAGCUUCAGUCAUAACACAAAUCUACACACACACCUAAGAAUUCACACAGGAGAGAAGCCCUUUAAAUGUCAUGAAUGUGGGAAAAGAUUCAUUCAGAACUCACACCUUAUUAAACACCAGAGAACCCACACAGGUGAGCAACCUUAUUCCUGUAGCAUAUGCAGGAGAAAUUUCAGCAGGCGGUCAAGCCUUCUUAGACACCAGAAGCUCCACAGGAGAAGGGAAUCGUGUCCAGUGUCUCCAGUCUGAAGAAAGUCACCAUAUGGAGCUUGGCCCUAAGAGGUGAUGAAAGAGUACAAAAUUUUGAGGCGCCUGAUGAUAGGAGUCUGUCAUCAACAGAAAGUUUGGGAGGGGUACAUGCCAUGCUUCACAUAAAGGAAUGUAAGCUGUCUCUCUUAUUCAGCAUUGUUUCUUCAGUGCCUAGCACAAGACUGUUGAGUACUUUAUAAAUAAAAGAAUGAAAAUAUAGCUAUCAUAUAUAUAUAGUUAUCUAUUUAUGUAUCUGUCUGGUUACUCAGCUCCAUCCUCAGUGAUCUGAAUUCUUCAGGUAUCAGAUGCUCAGCAAAUAUAUGCUGGCCAUUAGUUUUGCUCCUUCUUUCUCAGGAGAGAUGGAAAAUAAGAGUUUUCAGGUUCUCUAUGGCUAUUAUUCUGUCUGCAUGAACAAGCGAGUCCACAGCUCAGAGAACUUUAUUCUGGAACAGGAAGACAGGAUUCACUGUUUGCCCUGGGAGAAGUGCCUCCCAUUCUAGUUGCCUCUCUCCUGAGCACCCACUACUGCAAUGUUUCCUGUCAAGGAAUUCCAAGCCACAAGUGAAGCCUGAAUGCCAACACAGGCGUUUACUUGGUAUCUCUCCUCCGGCUGAUCUUCUCAACACCGAAGCAUAUAGAAUGAAAUGGUGAAGGUGGCAGUCUGGGCCCUCAUUCAGAUUACCUGUCUUUUUGUGGGAAGCUCAGGGCAGUGAAUGGCUUUUUUUUUUUUUUACUUUGACUUUUAACUAUGUAGACUGGAGGCUUCCAAAUUGGUGCCACACUGCUCCAAGGCCUAAAUGGAGGCCUAUUAUUAUGGCUGCUCAGCACAAGCCCACACACCUGGAUGCUCUACAGGAAGGUCUGGAGAUUUUACAAAGUAAUUUACUGUGAAUGCCAAGGAGAGCCCUGUGACCUUGUAGCCACAGUGCACGUUGGAUACCAGGAGGGAACGUCCAGAGUGUCAAGAGCAUAGUAAGGCCUGUGGCUUAGAAUGAAGGCCCCAGUGAGCUAGGUCAGACAGAAAGUUUUUUGAUGGUUGUUCCUUUUCCUUCCCCAUUAGCCUCAGUGAUUAUCUCCUGAGAAACAAUGUGAUCUGAAGGGAAGGGCAUGGAAGUUGGAAAACAUGGAUUUGUAUCUGUCAGAUCUUAGAUUAAGAUGUUGGCCAAGGCUGGUAGAAGGGUGCAACAAGCUUGCCAAUCCAAAUCCCUAUUCUCUGCAGCUUAUGUUUUUGAGCAAUCUGUGAAUAAAGUCACCUUCCUACUCAACUAAAGAAAAAGAUGUUGGCCAAGGCUUCUGUAUUCCAUAUAUUCAUAAAAUUUUACACCUUUUUAUGAAAAUGGCGUGUUGUU